CCCAUCAACAUCGUCAUCAAACGCGUGUUUGCACAGUAGUUUUGCAUGUUCAAAACUCUAAGCGCGAGCGUCAAGCAGUUUGUUUUCAUUGCCUAGUUUGUUCUAUGCGCAACUUUUCAAGCAGCGAUCGGGGACAAUGACAGCUCGAGCUGAGAAAGCCGUACGUUUCCUCGUGUCUGGAAAUGGGAAGCUUGAGAGUUCGGGGCAAACGAUGGAGCACAUUCGCAAACUGCGGGCACUUGCCAAAGAAGCUGGUCUCUCGGCAGAUCACAUGCUGCAGCUGAGCACAAUCAUCACUGCACCUGACACUCGAUCCUCCUUGGCAAAGCCCCUUCUCCAGUGCUUGGUGCCAGUCGAGAAUGUCACCAAGCAACUCAUUCUUGCUUUCUCCGGGGCGCUCUGCAGUGAUUCGUUGUCCCCUGCUGUCAAGAGGGACAUCAUGCAGUGGAUGGUUGCAGUACACCACUUGUUUGGCAGCAGCUGCAAUUUGGUGCUGCUCUGCAGGUCUCUACUAAAGCUUCUUGACACAUCUCUGUCUGGUGAUGCCGUAACCUUGCUGCUUCUUUUGGCCUCGGAGGGCACUGCGACGUCAUUCACAAGGUCCGCGGUUUCCAAGGCGAUGCAGAGAAAGCCUUCCGAUGAGCUCCUUUAUCUUACCUAUGUUCUCGAGAGGUGCCGGUUUCCAGGAAGCCGCAAGGAUAUCAAAGAUGAGAAAAUGGAUGCCGUUGGCUCACUGUGGGAAGUACACGUGCAUCAGUUGCAACAGGAGCUGUUUGGAAAAGUCAAGCAUCGCUACAAUUCAAAGGAUUUGGGACUGCAGUGUGGUAGCAUCAACACCGACAGCAGCCAACUCUUGGAAGCCUUAGAGAGGCAUCCCCUCGACUUGAUGAAAGUGCUUUUGAACCCGGAAAUAUUGAAGGCCAUGGUCAGUGAGGGAAAGCAUCGCCAGCUGGCCUACUUUCAGGGACAGUUGCGAAUCACACUCAAUGAUGUGUUCAUGAGUCCAGAAAAUGUUGAAGGAAAGAAGUUCCUCACAUCACUGGCAACAAUGGUCAGCAUACUCCAGGAGAAUCCACCUGCCGUAGAUAAGUGGCUUAUGAACUGUGUGGCAACGUGGAAUGGUGAUCAUUACUGGGAGCAGAUCCUGGCUCUUGUGUCCAACUUUUCACUGACCUCUCCUGACCACUUUUUCUCUUGCAUCUGGGAGCCACUCAUGCAGCUGUUCUUCUUCCAGAGCCUUGAAAAGCAGGUUAGCAUAUUUCGAUGCCUCACCGAGCUGUGUCGUUUCUGGUGUCUGGUGGAGGUACCCCGCUCUCAAGGGUGCAGGGGUUUUGUGUUUGACAGGACCUACGGCGAGGGAACCGUGAAGGCAUUAACACACCUUGUAUCGGAACUUAACCGCAGUCGGCAUGGCACUAGUGGAAUUUCACCCGGACAGGCUCGUCGAGAUUAUGGUGCCCAUCUUCGAGCUUUACCACAUGAGACUGAAUAUGUUCAGGAAAUCGGGAGUCGCACUCAUGGGCCUGCCCGAGUGGCAGUUUAUAAUGCUUCCAGUCCUCUCGCGCAAUUCGCUUCUCAUCGAUGGACUCAGCAGAACCUGCUUAAGCCUGCUGGAGUUUAUGGAAGAUGCAAGAGAGUGUUUUGAGCAGCCUUGGUUGAAGGCAAUGACCAACGAGUUCCACGACCAAGUGAGCUGGCUCGGCUUGGCACUCGCUGGUGAAUGGAAGCGUGCAUGUGCCGUUGGCCCGAAGUUAUCACCAAAACUCUUGGAAGCAUUGGGCGUUUCUCUGAGCGACACUUACUGUCCCGUGGCGUUAUGGUGGCAACCUGCUGUCAAGGACGCUGUUGCAAAACUUUGUCAAGCUCACAACAUCGAGCCUCACGAGAUUGCCCAGAGUGCUGACACAUGGUCCGCCUUUCUCAACAUCUUGGCUGCCAGCCAACCACACACGACAGGGCUUAUGCGGCAAACAGCCGUGCUGACUGAACCAUCUAGGUUUUCCACGGUGUCGAGGACAUUCACAGCCUGAUUUGAUCUCUUCAAGUUUUAGUAUUCAUUGUACAUUUCAGAAGUGAACAAAGACAGUUUUGUUCCAUCAUUAAAAUUUCCAGUUGAUAGUUGGCACUGGCCUUCCCUUGGCA